AUGGAAGGAACAGAUAUCGAAAGUAGGGAGACUCGUCGUCAGCGUCGGAUGGCGGCAGGUCGGAGCGGUGGGGUGUUCGAGAUCGUCCAAGAUGGAAACCAGUUUAGUUAUCGCUAUGCUUCACCGGUCCGGCCAUACCAACAGGGCAGCAAUGUGGCUUGGGAGAGUGUUGAGUCUGUGGCAUCAUCCACGACGACCGAGUAUCAAUCGAACAGAGUCUGCGCCGAAAGUUGUGGACCGGAGGAAACAUCGGCCUUGUCUGCCGAGGAGACAAAGAGUCUGAACCGAACGAGCCCUGAGAUGGAGUCUGCAUUGUCAUUGCCCUCCACAAAGACAAGCCGAGAUGGUACCGAGUUGGAUGAGGAGGGUGCCCCCAGAACAAAGAGCCGAAGAGGUCUGCGGACACUGAAGAAGAUUGACCGUUUCGUCACGCGAUUCGUGCAUCGCAAGGGGAUAACCAGUGUGAACAAGGAUGAUCAGGCAAAGAUUGUGGGAGAAACGGUCGAACCGCCAACUCCUAAACCCCAAAUACUCGAACCAACAUCCAGAAGUCCAGUCAAAGAGCAGCUAGAGUUGGAGAGCGACCGUGACCCUGGUCAAGAGGAGUUGAACAAAGAAUUCUUUACACCGCCGCGCGCCAUCAAGACAGAGGCUGGGGGAGAUCUUGAAGAGUUUCCUGACCCGGAUGUCUGUGGAUGA